AUGGUUAGGCCUGGAAGACCUUCCCUUGCCAACCCCUUCCAACCAAUUAGGGCUACAGGUGGAUACAACUCAAAGGAGGAAGAACCAAGGCAAGAAGUCAAGAAGGAGCCUUGCAGAGCAUCUAGGGGUUUGAGUUCACUCACCCCAUUUAAUGAAGGUAUGGGCACCAAACAUCCCAAAAUGGAACUCCCCAACCCUUACAAAGGCAAUACCAGGGGACAUAAGGCCACCCAGUGGCUGGACUGCAUACUGCUGUGGGUAGCUCUUCACCAGCACCAGUUCAAUGAAGAACAACAUAUGGUUGUGUGGAUUCUAUACCACAUGGAAGACAAGGUUGCCAAUUGGGCCCUCCCCCUGAUCAACAAUAUUAUUAAGGGAAAAGUUUUGGCCCCCAGGACCAUCAAGUCUCUUGGGAUGAGAUUCAAACAGGUGUUUGCAGACCCAGAUGCCAAACAAGCCACUGCACAGAAGAUUGCUGCACUCACCCAAACCUCCUCCACAAAGGUCAAGGAACUCCUAUCAACCAAGGAUUCCAUUCCAGACAAACUUGAGGCCAUUUUUGCAGCUUCUAUUAAAAUUGAUAACACCCACCACAAAAACAAGGAGAAUGGUCCCAAGAAGGUCACCAAGUCACUGGUCACUGCAACCUCUUCCACCACCACCACUCACAGGGUCCAUUUACCCAAGGACCCUAACUAUGUCACUCCUGAGGAGAGGGACCAUUGUUGUGAAGCUGGUCUCUGCAUUAAAUGCAGACAAAAGGGGCAUGGUAUCAAGCAAUGCCCCAAUGGAUGGAAAGCCCUGAUCAAAGAGGCAGCCAAGGUUGUGGAGGUCACCCAGUUGGAAAAAGAAUGA